GUAAUUGACUCAGUCGCACGUUUGUCGUUCGUCGUGUAAUCGCAAAACUUAAUAUUCCCCCGGCGCAUUUCAGCCUUUUUUUUUUUUGUUUUUUUGUUGCCUUUUUUUUUUUUUUUGGCAAUGAGAAUGGACAUUCGCAUGGCAGUCGGAGUCCGCGUCAUGCUGUUGCUGCUCUGCGCCGGCGCCGCCGCCGACCUGGGCUAUCGGGCCAAUGCCGUGCAUCCAGACUAUCCGGGUCAGUGCUACCUUGAGGAACUGAAGCAACCGAUACCCAAAUAUCAAUCGUACAAGCCCAUCAAUCGCGCGGGCCACUGCAACUCCUUCUAUUGCCGGCCGGACUUUGUUCUCGAGAUUGGCUACUGCGGUCGACACAAUCUGAUGCCCACGAAGAACUGUAAAAUUGGCUCCGAUAUGCGUCUGAUUUUUCCACAUUGUUGUCCCAAGCUGAUCUGUGAAGAGCCGGAGUCCAAUGAUAUUUAGUUCUAUAUACACAUAUUGUCAGAAAUAUCGUAUUAUUCCUUUUAUACAAAAUAUUUUAAAUAAAUCUUACACUGCUUUGAGCUGAAUUUCUGAAUGUUUCGAAAACA